CACUCCGACUCGCUGGGCGCACCCCCUCUAUCCUGAGCCACAUAAAGCCAGGGCCCCUCCGCAAUCCACUGCACGUACAACCGUCUCGCCCUCUUACCAAUUCCACCAUGGCCCCCGCACAAUACCAGAAGCCGCCGCAGCUGCCACCUAAGUUCACUGCCACCAAGGAAAGCUUGCUGGCGGACACGAAGAGGCUCAUUGAGAGGUCCCGAGGUGUGCAGGAUGCUGUUGUCAAGAGCGGCGAGGCAACCUUCGCGAAGGCCCUCCUCCCAAUUGCCCACGAUGACAACAAGAUGGCCAUCGAGUCGCACAUAAUUGGUUUCUACAACGCGGUCUCCACUAGCAAGGAGCUCCGCGAUGCGUCGACCGAGGCAGAGCAGCUGCUGGACGACUUCGGCAUCGAGUCAUCUAUGCGCGAGGACGUCUUCCAGCUGGUCGACAAGGUGCUGAAGGCAAAGGAGAACCUGGACCCCGAGUCGCAGCGCCUGCUUGAGAAGGAUCACAAGUCGUUCAUUCGCAAUGGUCUGAACAUCCCUGCUGGCGAGAAGCGCGACAGGUUCAAGGCGAUCAAGCAGCGUCUCAGCACCAUCGGCAUCCAGUUCUCAAAGAACCUGAACGAGGAGAACGGAGGGCUCUGGUUCACAGCUGAGGAGCUUCAUGGUGUGCCAGAGGACGUAUUGUCCGGUCUGAAGAAGGGCGAGGGGGAGAAUGAGGGCAAGAUCUGGCUUACUUUCAAGUACCCAGACCUGUUCCCGACCCUGAAGUACGCCACCAACCCUGAGACACGCAAGAAGGUCUUCGUCGAGAACGAGAACAAAUGCAACCAAAACGUCGAACUCUUCCGUGAGGCUGUUCUCCUCCGUGAUGAGGCCGCCCGCAUGCUCGGCUACAAGAACCACGCCGAGUUCAGAAUAGAAGACAAAAUGGCAAAGACACCCAAGACGGUCGAUGACUUCCUUGGCGAUUUGCGCACACGCCUUGCACCUGGCGGCAAGAAGGAAAUCGAAGCCUUGAUGGAAAUGAAGAAGAACGAUGUCAAGGAGCAGGGUCUGACAGGCGAGCUUGCCGAGAAGUACUACCUCUGGGACCACAGGUACUACGACCGCCUGAUGCUGGAGAAGGACUUCCAGCUUGACCACCAGGUCAUUGCCGAGUACUUCCCCCUGCAAACCACUAUUGAUGGCAUGCUCAAGAUCUUCGAAGAGCUCUUUGGCUUGGUGUUCGUUGAAAUCGUCGGCGAGGAGAGAGCCGCUCUGGCAGAUGGUGGCAAGGCAGAGGACAUCGUCUGGCAUCCCGAAGUCAAGGUCUUCAGCGUUUGGGAUGACGAGGCUGAGGGCGCUGGCUUUGUAGGCUACCUCUAUCUCGAUCUCUUCCCUCGCGACGGCAAGUAUGGACAUGCAGCCAACUUCAACUUGCAGCCUGGCUACAUAGAUGAGAACGGCAAGCGGAGAUACCCCGCGACUGCUCUGGUCUGCAACUUCUCGAAGCCAACACCAAAGAAGCCUUCGCUUCUGAAGCACGAUGAGGUCGUUACUCUGUUCCACGAGCUGGGCCACGGUAUCCACGAUCUUGUCUCUCGCACAACCUUCUCCCGCUUCCAUGGCACCAACACAGUGCGUGACUUUGUCGAGGCUCCAUCGCAGAUGUUGGAGAACUGGUGCUGGACACCUUCCCAGCUCCGCGCUCUAUCGCACCACUACUCUCACCUCUCACCUGAGUACGAGCAGGCGUACCUUGAAUCAUCUGGUGCCGAUAAGAAGCCCUCAGAUGAGCGCAUCCCUAGCUCGCUCGUCAGCAAGCUCAUCAACACUAAGCACGUCAACGAUGCCUUGUUCAAUCUGAGGCAGCUGCACUUCGGCACUUUCGACAUGGCAAUUCACGAGCCAAGCAGCCACGAGGAGGCCGAGAAGUUGGACAUUACACAACUGUACAACAGUCUUCGUCAAGACAUUUCUCAGCUCGACGGCCCCGAGGCUCUCAGCGGCGAUAAGAAGGGCGAUUGGCACUGGGCCAACGGCCAAGCCACCUUCGGUCACUUGAUCGGCGGAUACGACGCUGGAUACUACGGCUACCUAUCCUCUCAGGUCUACUCCACCGACAUGUUCUACUCGGUCUUCAAGAGCGACCCCAUGAACGGCAAGGAGGGGAGAAGGUACAGGCACACUGUGCUCGAGCGCGGUGGGUCGAAGGAGGAGAUGGAGAUUCUUGAGGAGUUCUUGGGCAGGAAACCGAGCACCGAGGCGUUCUACAAGGAGCUGGGUAUUUCUAAGUAGAUGGCUUGAGUCCUUCGGAGGGUUCUAGAGCGCGCAUAUAAAUGGAGAAUGCAUUGACUCGUUUUCAGCUCUCGGGUGUGCUUUUGUUGUGUAGCUUGAU